AUGAGGACAAAAAUAUUCUCCGUCCUUUGGAGAUUGUUAGUUUUCAUAGCUAUCGCCGAUGCGCAGAUAUUACCGUAUAAUCCUACCACGAUUCUUCUUCCAUCGACCUCAAGCCAAAUUGAUGAUAUUGCAUUUAUUUUUCUCGUUGCCUCCGAAUCAGAUACUCGACCCGAAUUUCUGUUCCUUAAUAUAUCUUCUACUCUAUCCGCUUCGAAUCUCACAUUAGAGCCCUUUGCACCCAAUCUAUCGUUCCUUGAUAACAGCACCGCAUUUAUACCCACUAUUGGGACGUACGGUGACAUCUCAUUGCUCACUGGUUCUUGUUCAACAUCUGCUAGCACCGAGAUAUGGACUUAUACACCCGGAAUCAAGACUGCUGGAAAUGGGACUUGGGCGCAACAGACAACAACUGUUGCGAGUGAUGUCUCCUCUGCAGGUAUCGCAGGUGCGGAAUAUCUCUCUGGUGGAUUCCAGUUCUCCACGUUGGUCAAUGCAAAUGCUACAUAUACAGAUAUCUAUAUAUAUGGUGGCAUGUGUCCCAGUUCUUCUGCAAAUACAUCGACAUGGCAAUCAGACGCUGAAUAUUCGAAUCACAUGAUUAAAUUAUCACCUGGAUCGGCAGAUUCAUACAACAUGGAUUUGGCUGCUAAUAGAGGAGCCCCCGUCGCUGAAGCGGGAUUUACUGCUACUGCCCUGACACCAGCUUACUCGAAUACGUCUGGGAUCAUGACACAGGCACAAAACUUAAUACUUCUUGGUGGGCAUACCAAAGGCGCAUUUAUAAACAUGAGCCAGGUCGCCAUCUGGAGUUUGCCAGAGGAGAGUUGGGGCUUUGUUACAGUCAAUCCACCAUCUUCAACAGAAGAUUCCAAUACAGAAUUGACAGUCAAAAGUUCGGUUACCGGCGUCGAUAGUCGAUCGGGCCACACGGCAGUAUUAACAGAAGACGGAUCUAAAGUCAUCAUUCUCGGCGGAUGGGUUGGAAACAUUAAUCAAGCCGCCGGACCGCAACUGGCCAUAUUGGAGCUUGGUACCGGAUAUGGAGGAGCAGGGAAUUGGAAAUGGUCAGUACCGACUGAUCAGCCAUCUGGAGAUGGUUUCUAUGGGCAUGGUGCAGCAAUGCUUCCUGGAAAUGUUAUGAUGGUACUGGGCGGGUUUAACAUUACAGCUUCCAGUAAUACAAAAAGAGCUCUCGACACCCCUGUGCAGCCCAUGUUUUAUAAUGCUACCAGCUCAACUUGGACAUCGAAUUACACGAAUCCAGCAUAUGUCGCAGCUGCUUCUCGUAGCAGUGCUUCUUCGUCUUCAAUCUCCUCAAAGGUUGGUCUUGGCGUAGGACUUGGAAUAGGAAUUGCUGCACUUAUUGCUGUCAUUGUAGGAGUAGGCUGGUGUUUGAUACGCUGGAGGAGGAGACGCAGAGAAAGGAGGCAUGAAGCUAGGGAUAGAGGCCUUCGAUCUCUCAGUUAUAACGCGGCCACUGCAUAUUCAGCUCCGCAAGAGAUGUCUCAGGCUCCCGGUUACUCUAAUCGUCAAGAACAGUAUUAUGAUUCAGGAAGUGCAGUGACGGGAUACGAAAGCCUCCAUACUGGUGAAUACGGUAUUGGAGAGACUAGUUCUCCUACUCUCCAAACUCGACAAAUGCCGAGGAAACCAAUGCGAAAUGUUCGAGGUCUUUACCAGCCUGCGUCGACCUUCGACCCGAGCGCAGCGGCGGGGCAUGUCAGAGCAACUAGUCUCGGUACAGCUGGGCGGAUACAUCCCAUAUACGAAGCAGAUGAAGAUGCUGAUGUAGUCUCCCCUAUUGAUGUAGGAGUUGCUCUUCCAUUUGGCGAGAAGCGACGAUCUGAUCCUUUCAAAGAUCCAGUCCCUCAGAACCACAAUUUCUCGACGUCUGCGCAACGAAACAACCGCAGUGCCACUACACCUCUUUCUGAUUCCCCUGCUCAAGAAAGAGAACGUGAGAUCGAAGCAUGGGUUGCAGAUUGGGCGGCUGCGGAUGCUCUCCUUCACGCGCAGGCCAAAUCUCACUCGACUGUUGGUAGAACUUCUCCUUCCCGCCGCGCAAAUUUGAUCACGGCGACUGGUCCAGCCUCUAUUUCUGGAGAAAUUUCGGAAGAUAGUGGUCGUACAGCUAGCAAUCUUAGUGAACGAAGCAUGGCCCCGUCAGUUGCUACACUGAGCCGUUCGGGAUCUGGUUCUCAAGGCACCAGAUCAAACUCACUUCGAGGCUAUAUAACACAUGCCAUGAAUACGAUCACUUCAGGGAAUGCAGCUCUGAGUCCAAUGCCUGACAGCCCUGUGGCAACGAAUGCUCAAAUUUACCCUCCUGGAAGUUCUGGUAGCGAAAAUACCACUUCGACUUUCAAUACCGCACAUACACAUUCAAGUUUCCCAACCCUACAGGCCGAAGGAGUAACCUUACUCCCACGUCCAGAGCAAUUUACAGAUCGAGGCCCCCCCUCACCUACCGUGUCCCCAUCUAUGUCGCCUCCAAGAACACCCACUAAAACGACGACGGACAAUUACAUCGGGAGCCCAUCGAAGAACAAACCUAAUGGUAUCGGUAGACGUGGAUGGCUGGGAAGUUUACGUCGGGUUUUCAGUCCUGAAGGUGAAACUGCUGUUGAAUCUAAUCUCACAGAUCGAGAGCCAAGCCCUCUUCUAAUCGGUCUUGACAAACCUCCAAGAAGAACAGUGAGUGCUGGCGCGGCCUUGUGGAGGAGGAAACAGGGUAGAGGGGAUUGGGAGGAUAGCGAAAAGCUCGGUGUCAAGCGUGGAAGAUCCAAUUCCCUCAUGAACAAUGACCGGCCCACUAUCCAAGAUGUAAGGGCUGGUGAAGGCAGAGGACUAGUGAAUGCAAUUGACGAAGAUGACGAUGAAUGGGACAUCGAAAGAGCAAUCGAGGAUCGAGUAGUCCAAGUCAUGUUUACUGUACCAAAAGAGAGAUUACGCGUCGUCAAUCAUGAUGUACGUGAGGAUAUGAGCAUCAGCGAAGGAGGAAGUAUAGGAGGAAGAAGCAGAGUAGCAAGUGCAAGCGGAACUCUCAGUCGACACGCAAGCGAUCUUUUAAACAGAGAUGAUCAUAGGAAUAUAGCCAGAAAGGAAAGUUUUGAAAGUGGAGCAAGUAAGGGUCGGGUUAAAGGUAAGGGAAAGGUCUCGGAUUUGGUCGAAAUGAUGGAGGGUCGUGGUAGUCCUGAGCGUCGAUGA